GAAAAACAUAAAACGAAAGAGGUACUUUUAUCUCUUCUUGGUAUCUCCUAUUCUUGCUAGGGUUAACGAGGUCAGGUUCUUGCGUUCAUCUUGUAGGUAUGGAGAAGCAAAUUCCGGCUUUUGAUGGAGACGACCAUGGGAUUUGGAGUAUAAAAGAUGAGGACUCUUUUGAUGGCUCGUGACCUGUGGGAUGUUGUAGAGCGUGGAGUCUCUGUAGAGAAUACCAGACAGAAAGAUGUGAAAAUAGAGAGUGGAGUCUCUGUAGAGAAUACAAGACAGAAAAAUCUGAAAAUCAAGGACAUGACGGGUCUUCAUAUGCUGCAAAUGUCGGUAACAGACUCUCUUUUUCUCCGGAUAGCAAGAGCCACAUCGUCAAAGCAAGCGUGGGAGAUUCUUAAGGAAGAAUUUGGAGAGACCGAUGAGAUUGUGAGUACGAAAGCGAGCAAUCUUAGGACCAAGUUUAGAGGAAUGACGAUGGAGGAGGAGGAAACCUUUGUUGAUUAUACUAAAAAGCUGAUGGAGGUUGUGAAUCAGCUUAAGUUCUAUGGGUCUGACAUUUCUGAUGAGGAAGUCAUCCAUAAGAUAUGUUGCAGCUUGCUCUCAAGGUUUGAUGGUAUUGUAAGAUCCAUGUGCGGUGGAUAUAUGACACUCACUAACGUUGUUUGGUGCCUGCGAGCGUGGGAAUUCUAUACAGAUGAGCGUGAGAAGAGAGAAUUUCCGCACAACCACAACAAGAGAAGGAGACAAUAGAGAGCUUUUUCAAGCUAUCUUUUAUUCUGUUUCUGAAAAACAAUUUAGGAAGUAAAUGUUGCUACUUUGGAGACUGAGAUGUGUUUUAUACUUUUGAUGAUGAAACAGAACACUCUCGAAAUGUUCUAUUUUGGUAGUUUUUCUUGGCUCUUAGAUAUUAAGAUGUUGUCCUUG